CGCUCUGGGGAUUGUACUUGGAGACCAGGAAGGAGCACUUUAUCGAGCUGAAAGCAAACUUUGAGCCUGAUUUGUGUUUUCAUUCGGUGUACGGAUCCGUUUUCACAGCGCACGUUUGUCUCGGGAGUCUUGUGCCUAAAGAAUUUCCAGAUCGGUUUUACGCGCUGCUGGAGCGCAGAGAAUCAGAUGUGUUGACAGAGUGGCCAGGCUCAUCCUGUCAAGGUAAAGUCGUAUUUUUAAAAGGCUUUUCCUCUCUCCGCCGUUUCACGCGUAAAUUGGCACCAAACCGUUUUUCGUAUGAAUCUCCUCGAUCCCUACCUGAAGAUGACGGAGGAACAAGACAAGUGUCUCUCUGACGCCCCGAGUCCGAGCAUGUCGGAGGACUCUGCGGGCUCCCCGUGCCCCUCCGGCUCCGGCUCCGACACCGAGAACACCCGCCCGUCUGAGAACGGGCUGAACCGAGCGGACGGAACCCUGAGCGACUUCAAGACCAAGGACGAGGACGAUAAGUUUCCCGCGUGCAUCCGCGAGGCUGUGUCCCAGGUGCUGAAGGGCUACGACUGGACCCUGGUGCCGAUGCCAGUGCGCGUAAACGGAUCAACCAAGAACAAGCCUCACGUUAAGCGACCGAUGAACGCCUUCAUGGUGUGGGCCCAGGCUGCGCGGAGGAAGCUGGCGGAUCAGUACCCACACCUGCACAACGCGGAGCUGAGCAAAACUCUGGGGAAACUCUGGAGACUUCUGAACGAAGGAGAGAAGCGGCCGUUUGUGGAAGAGGCAGAGCGGCUCCGCGUCCAGCACAAAAAGGAUCAUCCGGACUACAAAUACCAGCCUCGACGGAGGAAAUCGGUGAAAAACGGACAGAAUGAGCCAGAAGAAGGCGAGCAGACACACAUUUCCCCGAAUGCCAUCUUCAAGGCGCUGCAGCAGGCGGAUUCCCCCGCCUCCAGCAUGGGAGAGGCGCACUCUCCAAGCGAGCACUCGGGCUCCCAGGGCCCCCCCACACCUCCCACCACCCCAAAAACUGAUGUCAGCUCAGGUAAGCUGGACCUGAAGCGUGAGGGAGGCCUUCGCUCUCUGCCCGACGGCUCGGUCGGGCGUCAGCUCAAUAUUGACUUCCGCGAUGUGGACAUCGGCGAGCUGAGCAGCGACGUUAUCUCCCACAUCGAGACCUUCGAUGUCAACGAGUUCGACCAAUAUCUCCCACCUAACGGCCACCCGGGCUCUGCUAGUGUGCCUGGCAACACCACGCCGGUCACUUACACUGGCAGCUACAGCAUCAGCAGCGGCGCACCAGUGAGCCCGCAGGCAGGGGGCGCCACAGUCUGGAUGGCUAAAGGCCAAAACCAGCAGGGACAGCAGCCACAGCACACCCUGACCACCCUGGGGAGCAACAGUGGCGGCAGCGGCUCUGAGGCGGGACAGUCCCAGCACAGGACCCAGAUCAAGACGGAGCAGCUGAGCCCGAACCACUACAGUGACCAGCAAGGAUCCCCGCAGCAUGUCGCCUUCAGCUCCUUCAACCUCCAGCACUACAGCCCCUCCUCCUACACGCCCAUCAGCAGGGCGCAGCAGUAUGACUACUCUGACCAUCAGGGUGGCACCGCCCCCUCCUACUACAGCCACGCGGGGGCGGGGCAGGGCUCGGGGCUGUACUCGACUUUCAGCUACAUGAGCAACCCCAGCCAGAGGCCGAUGUACACGCCCAUAGCCGACAGCACGGGCGUGCCGUCCAUCCCCCAGAGCAGCCCGCAGCACUGGGAACAGGCCCCGGUUUACACCCAGCUCACCAGACCCUGAGCACAAAGCCCCCAAAAAACGCUUCUCUGCAGGGAGUGGUGUUGAUUUGGAACCGCUCCCCGAACACUUGAAUUCCCAGAAGAGGAGAGCUGGACUUUGAUUGGCUCACAUCGUGCCUUGCUAUUGUAUCAUGACAGAAAUAUAUUUUUAGAGAGAUGAAGAGACUUAAGAAAAUCCUCUGUGAGGACUCUGAUCCAUUGUUCAUAUUUCAGUAGGUACUGUGUAUGCUUAGAGUUUCAUUUCCUUUUCGCACAUGCUGGCAGUUUUUUUUUUUUUUUAAUCUUGUGGGGGUCGACUAAAUAUUUGUGUGUGUAGGUAUGACAUUUAAAGCUUUAUGUUUUAGUUCAGUAACUAACCACUCCUGGUCUGUUCUGUUUAAACGAGGACUUGUGUGUGUUUUUUCCUUACUUUUGUGUGGUUUGUAUUUAAGCUGUUAUGAUGUUGAAGGGCUGUUUUUGUGAGUGUGUGUGUCUUGAUGUUUGAAGAAGCUGGUGGGAGUUUUGUGUCUUGCAGACUUUUCCACCGCAUGUGCCUUAGAUUCUCUGUUUACUCCAACUUUGCGUGUUUGUGUGCGCCACAUCUGAGAUUACAAUUACCAUCCAACAGCAUGUGUUUGACAGCUUCAGGAAACGACCUUUGACCUUUGGGUGUCCCCUGCAGUCCCCUCCCUACACCCCCCCCACCCGACCCCAGCCCCAGUCUUUCAAAGUGUAAUUUAUUUAUGAGGUUUAACUUUAUUUCAAAGUAAUUAUUUUGUGUUUUAUUCUUUAACCUUUGACUUGUCCUCUUUACAUGUACUAGAUGAUACUUUACUCCCUUUUUAUUUAGAUUUCCACCACAUGGUGUAACCAUCUUUUUAUUUUAUUUAUCUUUUCAAAAAUGACUAUUUUAAAGUAUAUAUUUGCCUUUUUUGGGAGGGUUGGGGAGUUAUAUUAUUAAAUGUGUACGGACUAUUUCUAAGUUGUGAAUUUCAUUUGGCUGAAAGAACUGGAAAAUGUUAUCUGUACUUUCUGUUUUGUUUGUUUGAGCAUUUUUGAUGAAAUGACCCCAUUUAUUUUUCUCUUGGUAUCCUAUUUUUGUCUCUUUUGCAACCUUGCAUUGUAUUUGUACCAUCUUCAAAGAAUCCUUUGUAUAUGUAUUUGCAAUAAAAAA